UGCAAGUGUUGGUCUUGGAGAUCUAACCACUGAUAGUGGUUGUCAGCUCUUAAAAAGUUCCAACAGGUUAGAAGAGUGAUGACCAUCCUGUUCGUUACUAUGGUUAUUUCAUACUUCAGUUGCAUGAGAGCUGCGCCCAUGAGAGAGAUCCCGGGCGUGCAGGGGGGUCACCGGGCCGAGGGGUACCUGGGCGCCGCUGCUGCCAUCACCUCAGGCAGCCGAGGCCACGGGACUCCACAGAGUGGGGGCGGGCUGCCCUCGCUCACGGACACUUUCGAACAGGUGAUUGAGGAGUUGCUUGAGGUGGAAGGAGAAGCGACGCAGCAACUGGACCCCAGGGCCGACCAGGGCCAAGGAGGGGGUGGUCCCGCAGCCAUGGCUGACUCAAAGGACGUUGACAUGUACGCCUCGCGGGUGAUGAUCAGCAACCAAGUGCCUUUGGAGCCGCCGUUACUCUUUCUCUUGGAGGAAUACAAAAACUACCUGGACGCCGCCAACAUGUCGAUGCGCGUGCGGCGGCACUCGGACCCCGCGCGGCGAGGGGAGCUCAGCGUUUGUGACAGUAUUAGCCAGUGGGUGACGGCUCUGGACAAAAAGACGGCCAUAGACAUGUCGGGCCAGACGGUCACCGUCCUGGAGAAAGUCCCCGUGACUAACGGUCAGCUGAAGCAAUACUUUUACGAGACCAAAUGCAACCCCUUAGGGUACACAAAGGAGGGCUGCCGAGGAAUAGACAAGCGACACUAUAACUCACAAUGCCGGACAACCCAGUCUUACGUGCGAGCCCUUACCAUGGAUAGCAAAAGGAAGAUCGGCUGGCGGUUUAUACGGAUAGACACUUCGUGUGUAUGCACAUUGACCAUUAAGAGGGGCAGAUAGUGUACACAAUGUAUAGAUUUUAUUGAGAGUUCUAAAAAAGAGACAUAAAAUAAAAAUAUCUAUUUGUGUAAAUACAUAACAGGGUAAAUUAUUCCGUCAGAUGAAAAUUUUAUGGACUGCAUGUAAAAAAGAUGAAGUUUAUACAGUAAAAGUGAUACUACAGUCUAUUUAUUGAACAUAUUCAUGAUCUUGUAAACAAUUAAAAAAAGAUCUGAUCAGUCAUUCGCGCCCAGUUCAAAUUACUAUAUCACAUUCCUCGAGACAUUGUGUUUUUUACGUUGCCAAGAUUUUGAGAGAUGAGGAGAGGAGGGGGUGAGGAAGAAUUACAUUCAAGGGAAAAAAAAGAAAAAAAAAACUUGCAUGCUGCUUCAAUAUUGAAUUGAGAAACUGUCCACUUUGGGAAAACAAGGAAAUGAUUUCCGACCAAAACAUUCCGUUUACAUUCUCAACCAUAACAGGAUUUCCUCCUCUCAGUACUCUGUCUGUUUACUAUCCUCAACUUCUCAAGGUAAUGUUGGAAAUACAUACUAUGUCAAGGUGCUGUUGUCAAAGCUUUGCUGUUUAUUUUUUUAUC